GGGAGGAAGGUGAGGGAUAAAGACACUGAAAUAGACGAGCCAAUAGAAGCUGGGGGCUAAAAAGGGAGGAGAAAAGAAGGCACAAACCCCAAAGAGAGUUGUGGUGAAAUGAAGAGAAGUCAUCCAUGCUACAAGGUGGUCAAAGAUGCAAGAAAAUGUUAUUCUUUUUCAGAGAAUAACCUCAAAGUUUGAUUGAAGAAGAUCAUUUUGACUUGUAUUUGGUUACCUGCUCAUCUGUUGCCCUGGACCUGCUGAGGAAGACAAAGGGCCGGCGCAGGGGCACCAGCAGGAGGAGAAGACGGACGGCGGCCAGGUCCAGCAGGAAGCUUGAGCGCCGACUCCGAGGUGUGAUGAGGACGGCUCGCAGGGCGAGCAAUGUGGAGGUGCCCUCCUUCCUCCGGCAGCUGGUCAAAGAAACCGAGAAGAUGGUCACCUUCUUCUUCAAAGGCGGGACGAGAGAAAAGGGGCCGGAGGAGGAGGAAGAAGACAAUGGUGACGACGAGGACGGCAUGCACAGCCCAUACCUGGAGCGGCCCAUUUUGGAGAAGCACGUGUCCGAGGGUGGGUCCCAGUCUGGGCUGAACUACGCGGUGGCGAGCAUGCAGGGCUGGAGGGCUCAGAUGGAGGAUGCGCACGCUUGCAUGCCUCAGAUGAGUGGAGAGCUGAGCGAGUGGGCCUAUUUUGCUGUGUUUGACGGCCAUGCUGGAACCACCGUGGCCCAGUACUGCUCCAGGAACCUGCUGGACCACAUCCUGGCUACAGGUGGGGUUAAAGCAAGUGAAGACCCCGAGCAGGUGAAGGAGGGCAUCCGCGAGGGAUUCCUGAACAUUGACAGCCACAUGCACAAACUGGCCCGCCAAGACAACUGGGAUCGAAGCGGCACAACGGCAGCGGCCAUCAUGAUCUCCCCGCGCUACGUCUACUUCAUCAACUGCGGGGACUCGCGCACUCUCCUUUGCCAUAACGGCCAGCUGGUCUUCUACACGGAGGACCACAAGCCCUUCAACCCCAGGGAGCGGGAGCGCAUCCAGAACGCCGGCGGCUCGGUGACCCUACAGCGCGUCAACGGCUCGCUGGCCGUGUCACGAGCCCUCGGAGACUUCGACUUCAAGCAGGUAGACUGGAGGCCGCAGACCGAGCAGCUGGUGUCGCCCGAGCCUGAAGUGUGCGAGAUGGAGAGGACGGCCCAGGACGAGUUUGUCAUCCUGGCCUGCGACGGCGUUUGGGACGCCAUUGGCAACGAGGAACUGUGCGCCUUCGUGCGCAGCCGGCUGCAGGUGUGUGACGACCUGAGAGAAAUUUGUACGCAAGUCAUUGACCUCUGCCUCUACAAGGGCAGCUUGGACAACAUCAGCAUCAUUAUAGUGUGCUUCCCCGGCGCCCCCCAGCUGUCAAAGGAGGCACUGCAGCAGGAGGCAGCUCUGGAGCAACACAUUGACGUGAAAGUGGAAGAAAUCAUCCAGAUGAUGAGGUCCAAAGAUGAAGACCCUGAUCUUUUAUACGUGAUGAAACUCCUGGCUAAGGAGGAGAUACCAGGACUUCCACCAGGGGGAGGCAUCACCAGCAAGCGGGACUGCAUCAUCUCGUCUUAUCAGAAACACAUCGCAGCUCUUCGGACUCAUGAACCAAUGGACAUCGGCGGAUCCGAAGAGGACUCCAAUUAAAGCCCUUAUCGUGGAAACUGAAUCACCAACCACAUUUUAUGAAUCAUUCUGUGUCGUUAUCCUGAAUAUUCAUUUAAAAAAAUCACGUUUGUUACUUCCCGUAACUAUGACAUUGACUGAUUUGUGUCAUGCUAGAAGCUUCUGUACAUGGCAGCUCAUUAUACACUCACAGGACAUAAAAUUAGGCACACACAACCUGACACAAGAGUCGCAUAAUAAAAAGUCUGCAUUCUUUCGAGAAUAUGUUGAUUAUUGUGGUUGUAGAAGUGCACUGUAUGUUUCUGAUCAUGUUUAAUACAGGGUUUGGGUUAUCAGGGUAAAAAUGUGCUAUUUGAUGCUGACUUGUGUAGGUUGCCCUACAGGGGCGACACAUUGCAAUUUGUGGAAUAAAUCGAUCAGGAAUCAGUGGCAAUAAAAUGUACAUGCA